AUGGCUGACCGACACGAUCCUAUUGUCGAUGACACACCGAACAAGAAGCGUCGACUGAAUUCGCAGCAACCGUCGCAGGGAAAAGCAUGGGACUCGAAUGAUGAUAGCGGGGACGAGUUCAAUGCCGACGAGUUCGAGACUGCUGCCACACUACAAGCACCGCAGAAUAGGAAGAGCGCAUACUCGUCGUUGCAAUUCAACUCAGACCUCGGCUCUGCACAAAGUCCUCAGGCGCACAUCACUCAGCCGACACAAACAUUACCCAUCAAUGGACAUACCACCCAGCCUACGCAGCCGCUCAGGUGGAGGAGUGAUGAGGUGCAGGUCGAGCGGUCGUCGCCGAUGCAGCCGGUGCCCAAACCGCAGUAUAUCGAGCCUAUUGGGCGCGCACCAUUUUCGAAGCCGAACGGCAUCCUCGCAAUGUCAAUGGCUCCGCCUGGCACAGCAUUCCGCAGACCAAAUGGGGUACAGUCGCGACCAGAUACAGUGAACAUCGACAGUGAUGAGGAUCCUCCAGUACAGCAUAGCGAUGACGAGGCGGAGACACAGGGCUUUAGCAGCAAUAUCCGGCCUACAAACUUCAAGCAGGCGGGCAGAGGACUCGACUCGUCGCCAGCGCAACGCGUCAGAGAGUCGCCGCAGUCGAGUUACCGGCCACAGCCACCACAGCCGUCGAAUGGACCAAAGCCUAAUGAGUUCUUGAAUCUCCUCGGCAGCUUCAGCUACAAGGCCACACAACCUGCGCAUGACAUGGCAAGCGCAUACGGCAGCACGUCUAGGGCGCCAAGACCAAUGCAAAGACAGCCUGGUCCGGUGAAGGCAAUCCCGAUAUCGUCUUCGUCACCAACGAUAUCUCCCUACGUCUACCGCACGCUGGACGACAUUCAAGAUUGGAACUUGAAGAACAAGGCCAAGGAGAUUCACAUGACCUUUUCCAACUACAGCAUCGCCCGCUGCAUGGAAGCCCUGACUAAGAACAAGGGCAAUGUCAACGACGCAAUGUCAUGGCUGGUCGUGCAGGAAGAGAAAAGUGAGCAGGACGCAGAGCACGAGAUUGACGAAUUGGCGCGGAGCCCGAAUCAGCGCAAGGGUGUCGCGCAAUCAGUAUCGCAAUCCUACUCGCAAUCUUCGCAACCUCCACGACCCCUGGCGAAGCAGACCGUCAAGGCACCUACUCGCACGAUUGCUGAGAAGUAUCGACGAGCGUCCACGGCCCAGACCAGAGUCGAUUCGGAGUCGGACAGCGAUGAGGAUGUACAACCAAGGAAAGGCAGGAUCAUCCAGCGCAACAAGCCCACGGUCGUCAGCAGUCCGCCUUCUUCACCGCCUGCCUUACUGGACAACCCUCUGCAAAGACGACAAAGGUUGGGCAAAAGGGCAGUCAUCACUAUCGAGGACGAUGAUGACGAUGAUGACGAGGGUGGCGACUCUGGUGUUGAUAGUGAGAGCGAUGUGGAGCCGCAAGGACCUACCAAGCCCAGCAUGCGAGAGGACAUACAGGCUGGUGUCGAAGAGAUUCGUGCUCAGCGGCUGUUGAAGCUGGUCAAUGAGGCCACCGUACAUGAGCUUGCGGAGCUGUCUGGCCAGCAGGAGGACUCUAUCAAGUUCGUGCUGGAGAGCAGACCAUUUGCCGACUUGGAUGAGGUACGUGCGGUGGUACAAGCGACCUUGACUAAGACUGGCAAAAAGUCCAAGAAGACCAGGAACCUUGGCGAGAAGCUUGUUGAAGAUUGCAUGGAAGUCAUGACUGGAUAUGAUGCAAUCGAUGAGCUUGUUGUUCGAUGUGAGAAGAUUGCACAGCCAGUGCAGGACGCGCUACGAGGCUGGGGUGUCGGCGAUUCUGGUGGGGAGCUGCAGGUUAUGAACCUUGACGAGGUACACGACUCUGGUAUCGGGACGCCGUCAAGCUCUGUUGCGCCAAACGAGAACCCUGCCGAAGCAAAGCCAUCUGUAAACAAGCCGAAGGGCAGUUUCAUCGGACAGCCCUCGAACAUGAACCUCGAGCUGAAGAUGAAAGACUAUCAACUGGUGGGCCUUAACUGGCUACACCUGUUGUACUCAAAGGGACUUUCUUGCAUCCUGGCCGAUGACAUGGGUCUUGGCAAGACCUGUCAAAUCAUUGGUUUCCUCUCGUACCUCCAGCUGAAGAAGGUCGAUGGAGUACAUCUCAUCAUCGUCCCAGGCUCAACUUUGGAGAACUGGCUUCGGGAGUUCGAACGGUUCGCGCCCAGCCUGAACGUGCAAGCAUAUUACGGACUGCAAGCAGAACGACUCGGCAUCCAGUAUGAUAUCGAGCAGAAUUGGGACAAGCUCGACGUGAUCGUCACAACAUACGACAUGGCAGUGGGCAAGGAUGAUAACUCAUUUCUCCGCAGGAUGGGCCCAUUCGCUGUCUGCGUGUACGACGAAGCUCACGCUCUGCGCAACCCCAAAUCAAAUAGAUACACACAGCUGGUCCGGGUCCCGGCUGACUUCAAGGUUCUCCUUACCGGAACACCACUACAGAACAACCUCCAAGAACUUGUUGCGAUUCUCGCAUUCAUCAUGCCUGACUUAUUUGAGGAGAAACGUGACGAUCUCGAGUAUAUCUUCAAGCACAAAGCCAGCACGAAAGACACAGCCAGCGCAGCACUGCUUUCGAACGAGCGCAUUGCGCGAGCGAGGACUAUGAUGACGCCUUUCAUCCUUCGUCGAAAGAAGGCUCAAGUCCUUGACCUACCUGCCAAGCACAGCCGUGUUGAGUACUGCGACAUGACCGAUUCACAGGCCAAUUAUUACGCAGACAUAAUUGAUGAAGCGCAGACAUUCUUCCAGCAGAAGGCGACUGGUGCCGUUAAAGGUGCCGCUCGGGAGUCGUCCAACAUCAUCAUGUCAAUGCGCAAGGCCGCCAUUCACCCACUUCUAGCUCGCCGAAUCUAUGACGACAAGAAGCUCGACAAGAUGGUCGCUGCUUUGGCAAAGUCUGACGAGUUCGGCGGCAACCCACCUGACAAGAUCAGGUCUUACAUCGAUGGCACGGGCACAGGUGGCCAGGCAAUCAAGGGCGGCGACUUUGGACUGCACAAGUUCUGCUACGAGCGCGAUGCCAUGAGGAAGAAGUUUGCUCUGAAGAAGAAAGAGUGGAUGGACGCCGGCAAGGUCAAGAAGUUUGAGGAGCUUGUGACGGGUUUCGCCACGAAUGGUGACCGUGUGCUGGUCUUCUCACAGUUUACGACGUUGAUGGACAUCCUGGAGGCCGUACUUGAAGAGCUCAAGAUCAAGUUCAUGCGUCUUGAUGGAUCGACCAAGAUGAGUGAGCGACAGGAUAUGAUCGACCAAUUCUAUGAAGAUGACUCUAUCACCGUCUUCAUGCUUUCAACCAAAGCCGGUGGAGCUGGUAUCAACUUGGCUGCUGCGAACAAAGUCAUCAUCUUCGACUCUGGCUUCAACCCCCAGGACGACAUACAAGCCGAGAACCGAGCACAUCGUGUUGGUCAGACCAGGGAGGUCGAAGUUGUUCGACUCGUCACGCGAGAUACGAUCGAAGAGCAGAUUCAUGCUCUUGGAGAGUCGAAGCUUGCGCUUGAUGAGCGUGUUGCUGGUGAAGGUGCUUCUGCCGCCGAAAGCAAAGAGGCAGAAAAGGCCGGCGAGCAAAUGGUGGAGCAGAUGUUGGCAAAGGACCUUACGAAAGGACCAAAGCUUGAAGAAGAAGAAGAAGAAGAAGAAGAAGAAGAAGAAGAAGAAGAAGCAGAAGAAAGUCAACCAAGUGCAGCAGCUGGAGACAUCAAAGAUGCGUUCAAGGCAGGCAUGGAAGCGAAAGGUGUGAAGGUGGCAUCAAAGCAAGCGCAGUUCUAG